ACUGAAUGGGCAAUUCAGGCUUUGUGCAGCUCAAUUGAGGAAGCAAACAUAAAGACAAGAUUCCUGAGAGCUCCGGCUCCCUUCCCAUGGAUAUGCCAGCGCCCUGUUAGAGUCCUUCCCGGCUACCUUUCGCCACAACAGUGCACCUCCCUGACCGCACAGGCCGUCCAGCGCCCAUCCCUGAGGGGUCCUGGAGAAAGAGAGGUGGUCAGGAGAAAGAGGGACAAAGCCAGAGCCAGAGACAAGAAACCGAGAGAGCCACUCAAUGCUCAAGGACAGCAGGGAAAUCAGCCCGCCCAGCUUACCCGUCUGAUUGUCUGUCUGCACUGGAGCAUGGCAGCUGUAGGCCAGGAGUGUUUCAGGAAGGUUUGCAAGCCCAUUUCCACCAGCCCAGCUCCUCCUCAGUCCUGAACAUUUCGCUCCUGCACACACUCCUGAAUGCAUGCACAUGCACACACUCACACUCACACACACACACUACCUCCUUGAGAAACCAGGGAACCGAGGUCAAGGGGAGGAGGGGCAUGGAGGCCUAAGAGAGUGGGGCUGAGGGGUAGAAAUUUACCGGGAAAUGAUUGCAUUUGGGAGCUGUCUUUUUUGUGAUGGUCCCCAUGGUGACAAUUUGUGACGGCAAAGAAUGUGGGAACGGGGCGCCGCCGCCUGAUUGGGAUGCUUUGUAUCUGGAGAGGCGCUCCUGAUUGGCCUAAGGGCCCCCCAGCCCUGGGAGUUGUCCUCCAUUCAGCCCACUCAAGGGCUUGCACUGCCGCUCCCUCAGCGGGCAGCACGGAGAUCGGUCGGGCCUGCCCAGGUCUGCAGUGGGGAACCUGCUGGCCACGUCUGGCGGCGGUGGGCCCGGCCAGCACCUCCGAUCAGCCCCUGCACCCCCCUCACCCUGCAGAGCCCACCCUCUUCAUGGAAAGCCCCAUGCAGUGGCCCCCCUGGUGAUGGCAUCCGACAGUGACGUGAAGAUGCUGCUGAAUUUUGUGAACCUGGCAUCCAGUGACAUCAAGGCGGCGCUGGACAAGUCUGCACCCUGCCGCCGCUCUGUGGACCACCGCAAGUACCUGCAGAAGCAGCUCAAACGCUUCUCGCAGAAGUACUCCCGGCUCCCCCGGGGGCUUCCUGGCAGGGCUGCCGAGCCUCACCUGAGAAGGGGGCCCGAAGACCACCCCGAGCAGUUGCCCCUCCAUCCCUCAAUCCCUUGUGGCCCUGAUUCCAGCCCUGGUGGGAUUGGGGGCUGCAAGGAGAAGGCUCUGGGGAGUCCCUUUGGGGAGGAAUAUCUUUCCAAGGAGCAGACCCUCCAGGGCCAGGGCCCAGGAGCUGCCAACCUUGGCCAGGUGCCCAUGCGGAAAAGACAGCUGCCUGCUUCCUUCUGGGAAGAGCCGAGGCCCACCCACAGCUACCCCAUGGGACUGGAGGGUGGACCAGACCCCAGGGAGGGACUUCUCUAUGAGUGUAAGAAAAAUUGCAAGGGCUUAGAGUCUGUGGUGCCUGAGGCUGCCCCAGGGCCCCUGUCCCCAAGAGCACUGGCUGACAAGGAGCCACUCAAGAUGCCUGGGGUCUCCUUGGUGGGCCGUGUUGAUGCUUGGAACUACUGCCCCUUCCAGUACCAUGGACAGCCCAUCUACCCUGGCCCUCCAGGGGCCCUGCCUGCAAGCCCCAUCCCUGGCCUGGGCCUGUGGAGUAAAAGUCCAGCUUUGCCCACAGAGCUGGCCCACUUCUGCAAGCAUGUGGAUGGCCCAGGGCAGAAGGUGUACAGACCUGUGGUUCUGAAGCCCAUCCCCACCAAGCCGGCUGUGCCCCCACCCCUUUUCAACGUUUUCGGCUACCUCUAGCUAGGCUGCCAGGGCCUGGGUCACCUCCUCCAGCCUGCAGUCAUGGGGGCCCAAGGAGCUGUCUUUGGGAGGAGGAGACUGGGCAGAGGCAUGGUCUGGGCAUUCCCAACGCCCCAUCCUUCCCUUUGCAUGUUCUGAGGGCAGUCUUGGGGCAGGGGCUUUUCAGGCAGUCAUCAGCUCAAGCCCUGCAGCCUUGGGGCCAGGCUCAGUGCCUUCUCCUCAGCCCAGCUGGAGCCCAGCAGAUCCUUCCCUGUUCCUGUGCAGACCACGGGCAUUGGCACCUGGCCCAGCCCACCAGCCACCCAAAUGCCACUUACACACCCACUGUUUAAGCCAAUUUCAGUUGUUGUUCUUUUUUGUUCUUUGUAAAUAUUAAGAAAGUUAAUAGAAUAAAGAUAUUUCUUUUUGCAGUUUCCACA